AAUCCGCGCCUUUAUUGUUCUGCCCAAAAAUCCCCCCUUCUCUCUCUCUCUCUCUCUCUCUCUCUCUCUCUCUCUCUCUCUGGAUGUGUUCUAAUUGAUCCGAGUGUCCUGAUCUGCAUCUAUGGGGGUGAAAGCUCUGCUCUCAGUGCACACAUUGUCUCUCUCUCUGGAAUUUAAACUCUAAUGUCGCUUAAUCUCCCAUCCAAACUCGUUAUCACUUCCUGUAUCGGAAUCCUUGUUUACAAAUUCUAACCGCUGUAAUUGCUCCGAGAUCGAUCCGUACCGAUUUUCUCGAACAAAUUCCAAAACCCUAGUAUCAAUGUGCUCCAGAUCAUAGAAUCAGAAUCUUCCUGUUUCAACAAAAUUUAUCUGUUUCAGGUGCGCCAUGGUCCAGCAUCUCACAAAUGCUCGAUACGACAGCAGUGCGACUCCAGAGGAGCAGGAGAAAGCUUGGCACAUUCUUGCAGUGUUGUUAUGCAUUGGUCGUCCAGUUUGCCCCGAGGAACUUGCCUCAAAGUGUGGAUUAUUUGGUGUUUCGCCAGGAUACGUGCGGUAUCUAUCCUCAAUCCCCAAUUCACCUCUCCGUUUGGUGAGUGAUCGGAUUGUGACGGUAUCAGCUGUUGCAUUGUGGGCUUUCAAGGAGUUCGUAGAAAAGGUUAUUGGUGGGCCUGUCCUGCGGAAUAGAAUAGGUUUUUUGGGAGUGCAGAGGGCGUGGGAUGGUGAUGUCAGGACAUAUUUUAGAAAACGGAAGGGUAGCGCAGUGGACUCUAUAAUUUCCUCAGCGGCUAAAAGGAGGUUGUGUUUGCCUUGUAGCAGUGGUGAAGGAGAAUUUAUCAAGUCGAACUUUCCAAAUAUGGUCCAAGACACAUUGUCAGAGGAACCUGCUGGCAUUGCAAAUGCUCCAAGUCUUCCAUCAGUGAACGUAGCUGCCAUGGAGUUUGAAUUGGAGAACUUUAACAGAGAUAAAUUGAUUGCCCCCAUGCUCCUUGACUCCUGUACUGAGCUUUCACAAUUUUCUGCCAAAGACAAUGGACGUGAACCUGGGUCAAAAAUUAGGGAGGUUUCUAGCUCUGUACAUACAUUAAACUUCAGGGAUAGCAAGCUGGUUUUUAAAAAAGAUGUGAAUAUAUGCAAGCCAAUCAAAUUCGGAAGAGUUAUGGCAUGGAACCCUGAUCUGCAUUCAGCUUUAUUAAGUAGAUUUGGUAAUUCAGUGUUAUGUGAGAAAGAGCAGAUUGCUGAUGAAGGUUUUACGACCACAUAUUGUGUAGAAGCAGAUGAAAACAAAGCUUCAUCAGUGGAGGCUGGUAUGCUUGACAGUCGUGUUUGUGAAGUUCAGUUGAUUGAAGAUGCAAGAACAAAGGUUGAGUUUGCAAGAAAGGGAGCUCGUUUAAUUAAUUCUGGCACCUUUGAUGAUCCAGAAAAUUAUAAUCCUCUAAACAAGCCCCCUAAAACUGACGUUGCACUAGAGAAUGGCUUAAUAUCAGCAAACCCAAUGAAUAUAAUUACUUUGGAGAAAGAUCAAAUAAUCAGGAAAGCGGAAUUUUUGUUGCCUGGGUACUCUGCUUAUCAGAAGCAGGCAAAUAAAUCCUUUGGUAAACUGAAAUCUAUUCACAAGAAUGCUUUACACCCACAACCACGAGUUCUUUCAGAGUUGCAAACAUAUAACAAAGUCGUUGAAUCUCCCAAACUACAAGAUCAAUGCAAAAGUGAUGAGAAUUUUUUUACCAUGAAGCAGAAACUAAAGCAAAGUCAUAAGCAUCAUAUGCAAGCUAAAGAAAAUCUUGUAGAUUCCACCUCUCCAUCUCCAAAGAUUCAGGUAGAGGAUAAAGCUUUUCCUCAUUUUGAGUCUUUCAUUGUGGAAGACGAAGAGGGUUCAGGUGGUUAUGGCACUGUUUACAGGGCACAAAGAAAGAGUGAUGGAAAAAGGUUCGCCAUCAAAUGUCCUCAUAGCAAUGCUCAUAGACACCAUGUUAAUAAUGAGUUAAAAAUGCUGGAGCGGUUUGGAGGCAGGAACUUCAUAAUAAAGUUUGUAGGAACUUUCAAAAGUGGCAAUGAUGACUGCUUUAUUCUGGAGUAUGUUGAGCAUGACAAACCGGAGGUUUUGAAGAGGGAAAUAGAUAUAUUUGAGCUUCAGUGGUAUGGGUAUUGCAUGUUUAAAGCCCUCACAUGUUUACACAAGCAGGGGGUGGCACAUAGAGAUGUUAAACCUGGAAACUUCCUAUUCUCUAGGAAGCUUAACAAAGGUUACCUCAUAGAUUUCAACCUAGCCAUGGAUUUGCAAAAGUGUGCCUUUGGAAGUAAAUCAAAAUUGAAAAGCUGUGUAACCUUUGAACAUGCUCCUCUUCCUCAUUCCAAAUGUGCUCCACUGACCAAAGACAAAAAGCUCAUGAGGGAUGGAAUAUCUUCACUCAAGGGAGGGGCAAAAGUAGAUGGCCCACCAACUCUUCAACCUGGGAACACAAAGAAGAGGACUAAUGCUGAUUCUUUGAAAGCUUAUCCCAAUUCAAGUGGUAGGAACAUACUUAAAAGCCAAGGUGGAGAUGGCUCCGGCAUAACUUCCACAAAAGAUGCAACAAGUACUAGAACCCCUUCUGCAGAAAGGAUGAGGGAGCCUGUUCCAAGCCUAGGGAGAAAGGAGCUCAUCAACCUGGUCCAGGGUGCAAUGCAAAGUCCGGCCCACGAUUCAGUAAAUAUUCUUGCUUCGCAGAGGAAAAGAGUUUCUGCCCAUCCUGGCAAUGCGGAUGGUAAAAUUUUUUAUCCAAGUCCGAUGCCUUUGCACUCCAGCGGCGUUGCUGUUGCUGGCGCUGGCUUACUCAAAAGCAAAGGGGAUGGGAAACAUAAGAGAGAUGGUCCUUGUGUUGGAACCAAGGGAUUUCGGGCUCCUGAGGUAUUGUUCAGGUCUUCCCAUCAAGGUUUUAAGGUUGAUGUCUGGUCUGCUGGAGUCACCCUGCUUUACUUGAUGGUUGGGAGGACACCCUUUGUCGGAGAUCCAGAACAGAAUAUAAAGGACAUUGCUAAGUUGAGGGGCAGCGAAGAUUUAUGGGAAGUAGCCAAGCUUCACAGUCGUGAAUCCUCGUUUCCAACGGAGCUGUUUGAUAUACAAUCAUUGCCUUCAGUGGGAGUGCAAGAGUGGUGCAGAAUUAACACGAAGAGAUUGGACCUCUUCAAGCUCAUUCCUGGGUCACUCUUUGAUCUUGUGGACAAGUGUUUGACAGUGAAUCCAAGACUGAGGAUUAGCGCAGAGGAAGCUCUUAGACAUGAAUUCUUUGCUCCAUGCCAUGAGAGCUUGAGAAAGCAGAGGAUGCUCAGACUACAGCUUACCUUGGACCAUGCAAGUGAGUCCAGUGACCAAAAUAGUCAUCUUCAACAUGCAGAGAGUCAAGCAUCGCUGAUCUUGUGAAGGCUGUACAGAAACAAGCAUGGUGGUCAUUUGAAGAUUCCAUUUACUGCAAUACCGAUUAGCAUCACAUUCUUCUGUUGCCAUUUCUGCUGGGCUUAUGUUGUAAUUUUGAGCCCGUGUCUUACCCCUAUCUGGCUGUUUGAGGCAUAAAGCCUUCUCCAUCUCCAAUGCUGUAAUCCCUUUGCAUAAUUAGUUUUGAUUUUGUUUAAUGUGUACAUAUUGAUCCUUAGAAGGGCAUAAAUACCUGAAUUUGAACCCAUGAUUUUUCAUGUUUUCAUAAUUGAAUCAGUCCUCUAAGUUUUAGAGCAUUUGUAUCCAGAAUUGGAACAGAUUGUGAAUUGACUGCAAAUUGAGAUUCA